AGCUCUGUCUGCAGCAGAGGAGAACUCGGGAGCAGCUUGUGGAGCAAGGCAUCAUGCCACAAGACUAGAAGAACAACAUCUUCACCAGUCAAAUUUGUUCAUGGCUUUUGGGGAGUAUACUUGCAGUGCCAUUAAAAUAAUGUGACAAAGGCAAGACCCAUGUAAACAUGUUGUAACAUGCAUGUACACCAACACAGCACUCCUGCUUUGCAUCUUUGUGAUUCAUGCUGGAGCUCCCACUGGUUUUGUUUUUAUUUCAUAGAAUUGUGUAAAUGCCUUAAUUUUACAUUACAUUAUGUUUGUCUGCACUAAACUAAAGUGCUUUGUUCCUCAAAGUGUGAAGAUUAUUUUCCUACUCAUAUUGUCUCUAAUAGUCACACAGAUCAUUGUGUAAACGUAGCCAGUGAUAAAAAUGACUCCAAGAUUUAAAACAUAAGCCUUCAAGCAGCGAACCAAAACCAUCCACAACUUUAUACCAUCCCUCCUUUGAUGUGACACAAUUUGAGCCGAUUCGGUCUCUGUGCUACAGCUAAUAAAAGACGAGUUGAAUCUGUGACAGAAUCAUGCUGAUAGCUGGAAAGGCAGAAAGAGGAGAAGACAGAGCUCUUCCUCUUUGUCCCCGUCUUCUCCUGAGAAGCCUCCUGCAGUCAGGCUUUCUCCAGCUCCUCUUUGGCUCCGCACUGACACAUGAGUCAGCGACUGAGCCUUCGGUGGAGGUCAGCCGUCCCCUGGCCUGCACACAAACCUCCCGGGUCAUUCUCAACCGAAGCGCUCUGCUACUCCCACACUUGUAGGCUUAUGGUAGGUAUGCGGCGAGGUUUAGAUGACGUGCAGGAACGUUUUGUCCUCCUCAGCCCAGCCCCCCCCACCUUCCCGCUUGGUGGUUCCUUAAACCAAACAGCGUUCAUCACAGCAGAGGUGACGAGCCAGUGAGCCAGAAGCUUGUGUAAAGCAGGACGAGUUUACUCUGCGAGAUCAAAGAGUAACAGUCUCUGUUUGGAAAAAUCUCUCUGCUUGAGUCAGUAAAGCCAGCACUUCCUGUUUGACUCCCAUGAGCUCCUGCUUAAUAAUGUCACACUCUUGCAGAACAACAAAAACAUGAAAAUAAUGAUGGGAAGAAGGCAUUUGUACUUUGGCUCCUCUUUAAGUGUGUUAAGAGGCAAAAUUUUAUGUUCUGUGACUUCGUCUACUCCGACUCAAAUGGACAUUGUGAUUAAAUGAGCUACAGCAGGUAUAUCCAAACUGCGUUCAUUCUCUACAGGGAUGUGGGGUGUGCAGUUUUAAGCUGCUUCUCGAGUCCAUACAAAGAGUGUUUGUGUAGCUCAUGUUGUUCUGCUUGUAUCGUCGCGUCAUCCUUUCUGUUAUUUUUGAGAUCGAUAAGGUUUGCCACUCACUCAUAACAGCACAGACACCCAAAAGCAAAUGGCCUGUUUGAAACAGCGAGAAAUCAUUUAUGUUAAAAUGCAAGACGCAUUUUGCUUAUCCUUGGAAUUCCAGUGUGUUGUCCGAGAAAACCUAAUGUUGGUUUGUUGGUUCACCUUUUUCACAGCUCUGAAAUCUCCUGCUGCCUUUCAUGAGCAGAUUCGCAGCCUGGAGAGAGCCAGGACCGGGAACUUCUUAAAGCACAAACUCUGCAGCCGACCUGAGCGCUCCGAGCUGGUCCGUAUGCACAUUCUACAAGAGACGCAGGCUGAGCCCUCCCUGCAGGCCACACAGAUGAAGCUGAAGAGGGCCAGACUGGCUGAUGAUCUCAACGAGAAGAUCGCCCAGCGGCCCGGACCCAUGGAGCUGGUGGAGAAAAACAUCCUGCCCGUUGACUCCACUGCUGAAGAGGUCAUCCAUGGCCCCACAGACGAAAAGACAAACUACUCUGAGCCACCAGAUAUUUACAGCUUUGAUGAGGACAGCAGCGAUACCUCAUCAUCGCAGCAGCCUGCCAGCCGACCGUCCCCCGGUUCCACCUCUGCUUCUCCGAGGGAGUGUGGAGGAACUGAGGCCACUUCCACUUCCUCUAACUUAAACUCGCCCACACAGCACUCCCCACCUUCAAACUCACAGUCCACAUCAGAUUCAGUCAACCCUGCCUCCACCAGUGAGCAACUAAGCAACCAACAACCAUCUACACCUCAGACAGCCUCCACUGUUGUCCCCAGUAUCACGCCGGUGCCAGUUCUUGUAAAGCAAAGCCUGCCCAAGCUGCAUAACGACAAAAAUCGCAGCAAAAGGAGCAAAGAGCCCAAACCACGGGUGAAAAAGUUAAAGUACCACCAGUACAUCCCCCCGGACCAGAAGCAGGAGCUCAACGAUGUGCCGAUGGACUCAGCUUACGCCCGUCUCCUGCAGCAGCAGCAGCAGUUCCUGCAACUCCAGAUCUUAAGCCAGCAGCAGUACAGCUACCAGGCGGUCCCGACUGCUGCAGUCAAACCAGCGAUUGAGGUACAGAGCAGCUGUUCCAGUGUUGUUCUGAGUGGAAACGCUGCAUCUACCGCUGUGCAGCCCCUGCACACUCAGACAAACCGCAAGCCGGAUCAUUUACCGGCUAAUCUGGAUGAGAUGAAGGUGGCUGAGCUGAAAAUGGAACUGAAACUCAGAUCUUUGCCAGUUUCUGGGACUAAGACAGAUCUGAUAGAGAGGCUGAAGUCAUAUCAGGAGAACUCUAACAUCCAGACUGCUGUUGCCAUUGAGACGACAUCUGUAACUGCAACUUCCCAGUCUGAGAACAUAAAGUUGACCCCACCUGUGUCCCCUAUAGCCUCAAAGGUGUCCCGUCUGGGCAUAGAAGACAGCAGUAUGGCAGACAGCCCCACCAAGCUUUCAGAUGCUGUGUCUCCAAGUCACACUGCUCCUUGUGUGAAGUCCGUGCAGCGAACUCAACAGGAGGAGUGUCCCAGAGAGACAAAGUCCUAUGAGAAGGACUCUGAGAAGGACAAACGGCUCCACGAGAAGGAGCGUCAAAUUGAGGAGCUGAUGAGGAAGCUGGAGAAGGAGCAGAGGCUGGUGGAGGAGCUGAAGAUGCAGCUGGAGGUGGAGAAGAGGAGUCAGCAAGGUGAUUCUCCACCUCACCUCAGCCCUCUUGCUCCCAUCCAGGUCAAAGAGGAGAACAGGUCCCCGUCAAACUGCUCAGCAUCCUGUAAUUCUCCUGGUCUGCCAGUGUUAGUAAAACAAGAGGAGGUGGCAGAUCUGUGCCGCUUAACUCCUCAAAACCAGUUCAUCAUCAGCCACCAGAGUGAAAACUUGCAGCCCAUCCAAGCUGGAGCUCAGCUCCUGCUGCCUGCAUCCCUUCCUGCCUCAGCAGUCAUCCAGCUCCCUGCCAGCAGCAUCAAAUUACACACUACUGUUAGCAGCUCAGACUCAGGCCUCAUCCAGACCUCUGGACAGGUGCCACAGAAAAUAGAGGCCUCAGCAGCGAUACAACAGCAGUGCAGCCCUCAGCCACUGACAAAGGCUUGGAGGAUGGAUAGUACAUCACAAAGCUUACUCAACACAUUCCCAGCAAGUGGAUGUCCUGUGGGAGCCUCCUCUUGCCAAGCUGGUCCUAAAGAACCCACAAAUAAGUCCCCCAGCAGCAGCAGCCAGCAAACCUUCAUGGAGCAGCCCAAAUUUGCAAACCAGGUGUCAAAGUGUAAAGACCCGCCCCGCUACGAGGAUGCAGUCAAACAGACACGCAGCAUGCUAACAGCAGUUCAGGGUCCCACUGCAGCUAGCCAGCAGAUGGAUGACCUGUUUGAUGUGUUAAUUGAGAGCGGUGAGAUCUCCCCCUUUGUCAGACACGAUCCUCCUUGCCUGGACAAGCCUCUCCCUGUGACAGCCAGUGUAACCACCCUUCCUAUUAACACGGUUUUAUCCCGCCCUCCACCCGUGGUCCAAGUGGCCCAGCUGCCCUCUGCGCCGCUAGCCACCUCGACCAGCUUGGCAGCCCUGACCUCCAACACCCUGCUGGAUGGCACACUGGAUGGCACACUGGGUGCUCACACCGAGCCGCAAACGCUGAAGCUGAUGGAGGAGCUGCGCUCACCUAUGGUCACCAUGGAUGUGGACUUUAAUGAAAACACACCACCCUCUUCUUUGAACCUGCACAGCACCAACAUGGACAAUAUGGACUGGCUGGACCUUAGCUUUCCUGUGCCAGCAGAGGGGGUCAACUCUUUGGACAUGUCAGCGCCAGUGGGCGUCUUCUCUUCUGACUUCCUGGACUCCCAUGAACUGCACCUGACCUGGGAGUGAGUGCUUUGAGAGUGAAUUCUUACACCUGACAGACUAUUUCAGAUAAACAUAUGGUUUUUUAAUGCAACAUGGCUUCUGUUUGCAGCUUGAAAAAAAUAAGAGCUUUUGAAGUUUGGGACAGCUCUGUUUUGCUGCCUGAAUCAACUCAGUAAUAAUCUAUUUGUGCAUUGUCAUUUUAAAACUAGCUGCAUUGCUUCUUUUGAGGUCUUUAAACCCUCUGAUUGUAUGGGCAGACAGGUGUAUAGUAGGACCGGUACUGGCAGACUGAGCAGACAGCUUUUAAAAUAGCUUUUAAAAUUUAAGUCUUAAGUUAUCCAACUCCUUUGUUAUCAGUUUCUGUUACUCGUGUUACUGGCUUCUUUUUGUCCUCUGAACGUAGUGAAUGCACAGUGUUGACCAUGGCAAUGGCAGAAAGAGCAGGAGAAUGUCCUGGUCCUCGUCAAAGAACCAAUGGACAAACGCUACGUGUAGCCAGGGGCUGUUACCGUAUGUAGUUCACUCCACCCUGUCUUGGAAUGAUUAUCACUAUCAAAACAGAUUGGAAACACACAACUGCUAACUGUUCCAUGUGUGUAUGUAAAUUGUGAAGCAUAAAUCAGAUUCGGGAAUGUGAAUAUGAUAACAUUAGGGUGCUGGACAUGAGUUACCAAGUGGCCAAGCAGCACUGGCCAAACCAACCUGACCGACCAAGUAUUUAAAAAACAAAAAACAUACUCAGAGUGCACGCAUUUUUGUAAAACUGAUGGGCUUAAAAAGCAGAAUGCUCACUUCAGAUGGUGUGGAACUAGUCACAAGAUUCAUAUGUAUGCUCUUAGAGUGUGUGCAAGUGAAUGAUGAUGAGUUGUUCAUGUAACAUCAUUAACUUUUUUUAACAGGGUUUUAAAAAGCCCAGCUUGAGCUCAGCUUGGUUUUUGUUUAAACCAUUUAUUGAAAAAGUGUAAGCAAGACCAAAUCCGUGUGAAGCAUUACAGUGUAACAACAAACAUGCAGAGACACAAACCAAAAUAACAAUAACCAUCAGCACAAACCACUGCUCAUUUGUCUUAUUCACUCACAUCUCCUUGAAAUAACAUGAAUGCAUUUACAGUUGAUUUGUACUGUGGUGCCAUCUGCUGGCCGUAUGUAAAUCUAAUCAUCUUGAGUCUGUCGUCUGACUGCUCUGGUGAAAAUAAAAUUCAGUGUCAAAGAAACUGUUAUGCACAACAUGAUGCACCUCAGCAGGAUGGUGUGUCGCAGAUCAUCUGGAUCGGUGCUGACAAACUCAUCUGGAUGUUGAAGAAAUUUAUUAUGAAAAGGACAGGUAUGUGCUGAAAAGUAAAAUACUUUGUCUUUACUGUACUAUUAUAAAGCAACACCAACACACAUUGAAAUGCAUAGUUUGUAGACUAUUGUCAACUUUCUCUAUUUAGGACUGAAACUGCCUUUAACAAAGUGGCAAAUGAUUUUCUUCUACUUCUGACCACCUCUGCUAUUAUUGCUGGAUCUCAGUGCAGCUUUUGACACCAUAGAUCAAUGUACACUCCAAGCCCAACUGGAGAAUCAGUUUGCCGUCUCUUUUCUGUUGGCCACAUGUUUAAGUCUUCUGAAAGAACACAGUGGGUUUUCUGUAGUAACACUCCAUCAAACUUUUCUGAUCUGAGCUGAAAUGUGGAGCACCUCAGGGCUCUGAUCUCAGACCUCUGCUUUUCUCUUUGUAUCUCAGCUCUUGCAGAAUUUACACUGACAUACUGAUUAUAUCCAGCUGUAUUUGCCUACAAAGUUACGGUAACUUUCAACGGCUGUGUGUAUUUUCAAAGACCGGAUUGCUUUGCCUAUGCGGCUUAGCUGUAAUUCAUUCUUUUCUGUCCUUUUCUGUCCUUUUUCUGUCCUUGGCUAACGGAGAGACCCUGAAUGAUGCAUUUGUUUCACUGAGACUUGUUAUAACAUUGAGAUUAUUGUAACAUUUUUGGAUCAGAUCUGCCAGCAUUAAAACUUUUAACAUGUCUCAGAAUGCUGCAGCUAGAAAUUUUACUAAAACUAGAAAAUUUGACCAUAUAUAUAACAUUGUGUAUCACAUUAAUUGUAAAUGAGCAACACCAUUCACACUUGCCUGACCUCCUGAAACCUCAUGUUCCAUCCUGGACUCCCUGUUCUUGUUGUCUCACAACUAACAAACACUGUGAUCUUCCCUCCCUACUUUCUCCUUAUUUUUUCUCUUUUCAUUCAGGCUUUUCUUUGUUGGAUCAUCAGCCGUCUUGGGACCCCCACUCUCUCUCCCCCCCUCUGGACGUCGGUGCCUCAUCCCAGAUGUUUUGGAUCUGGAUCGUCGUGUUCCAGGAGAUUCAGCUACUCCUCUUUUUUCCCCUCUUUCCCUUGUAUGCAUGUUGUCCUUGACUCUUUCCCUCCUGCUGUGCUCUUGUUUCUUUUCUCCUAUCUGUGUGAUCGAUGAGUUUGAGCUUUACCUCCACAGUAUGUUUGUGUUGACUGUCCUCUUCCCUGGUCUCCAGGGUGGAACGGAGGUGCUGCAGCUCAGGUCUGUUUGGCAGCACCCAGAAGUUGCGUGAUUUGAGUCUUAGAUCCAUAUGCUUUAUUAUAUGUUCACAGUAUGUCUAUAGUUUUGGCAUCCCGAUUGUCCAAACUGCAAGUCUUUCCGCCUUGGAAGAGGGAUUUCUCCUUUGUUGCUCUUCUUUCUUCAGUUUUUCCCCACAUUACAGGAAUUUUUCCUUAUCAAGGGUCUAAGGAUAGAGAGCAAAUCUGCACAGACCGUAAAGCCAUUUGUUAAAUAAAACUGACUUGAUUUUGCAUGCAAUAAAGCCAAAGUGAUAGCAUCCGAAUAAGUUGAAAAUGACAUUCAGAGCAUCUUGCACACAGGAGAAGAAUUUAAGAUGGUAGCAAAUGCUAACAGACAAACUCCCCAAGAGAGCCACGCUGCUGACUUCACCGCUAGUUCGAUGUGUGAUGCUCUUUCGUUUUGAGCCCCAGGUUAUCACCAACUGCUUUUUUUUCUCAGAGCUUUUUAAUAGUUUGGAUUGACGUUCGACACUUAGGACAUCUGUGUGUGGUAGAUUUGAACCUAUCGAGGCAGAAGGGAAUGAGGCAACAACCAGCCACGCAGCUGCAAAAGAAGGAACAGGAACAAGAUAAAAUUAAACAAGCCUUGGAAGCAUAUGCCAGCAAUUGUAACACUGGCUGCAAAAUAGAAACAGGAAAAACAAGGUCUGAUUAUAUUUUAUCACGCAAAAAUUUCCCCAGGAUGGAGGCACUAGUUUCAUACCCAAUCAAAGCUGUCAUGAAACACACCAGCCAGGUCACGCUGCUAACAGAGGUAUAAGUCUCUGUCAUGAUGAACUGCCGACACUCUGGACACUGUGUCCUGCAUGGGCACUCUGGAAGUUUUUCCAAGUCCAAAAUGACCGUAGGGGCUGUGAGGAAAAGUAUGAGUCGUUCAUCUUACAUUCCUUACAAAACACAGUGACCUUCCAGUUAGUAUCAGUAGCAUAAAUUGUAUGCAGGCAUGCAUGCUGAUUACAUAAGGAGCAUGUGUGCAUCACUGGCUCACCAGGGAUAGUCGGUGGGGCUUCAACGUAGAUAAUGCCUGAGACAGGAGGAGGAGGAGGAGGAGAAGUGGCAGGCACAGUGGUCUGACUGGGGGUGAAACUUACUUUUAAGGAAGAAGAGGAAAGGUGAUUACAAACCCAACGUAUGAUGGAGUGAAUGUUCGCUUCAGUAAAUUUGAGCUCACCUAUUUUGCUCUUCUUAUCUUUGGCAUUAAGGAUGUUAUCGUGGCUUUUUUGGAGUUCAGCUUUCCUCUCAGUCAGUUGUUUCAAUUUGUCAUCAAUGCUGUCGAUUUCAUGUUGAUUUGAGGAUUUGUCCUCUGUU